AUCUAUUUCUAUCUAUCAGUGUGAUGGUAAUAAACACAGUGGUCUUAAUUUAUUUGCACAUGGAAAGUGUUUAGAAUUAUAUACGUGACAUAAUCUUUUAAAAAGUGAAGUGAAAUGAUUUCCAGCUGAAAAUUUUAAGGUCACAAUAAAAAAAUGGGGUCCAUGCGACCGACGGGACGUUUUCUCUCAUUCUCUAAUAACAUCCAGAGGACGCCAAAACAGACUGUUCCUAGUGGAUUCCCUCAGAGCUUGUCUGGUAGUGAAACAGAUGUGUCAACAUCUAAUGAAAACUUGUCUAGAGAGGAAAGAUAUGUUGUCCGACACACUGCUCGUGUAGAGCCCCAGGGGCAGGAGAACCAGAGUCAAUCAAACAAUAACAAUAACAGGAAUUCGCUUAAGGACAGUGUAUCAGGUAGUAAUAGAAACUCGCUAAAAGAUUCAGUGAGUGGUGGAAACAGUAACCGAAGUUCACUUGAUGUUUCAUCUUCUUCUUACAAUACCCUCAUCAUACACAACCAGGAUGAUUCCUGGUCCUCACGACCGACGCCAAUUCGAGAACACGAACGAACCAAUAGUGAAGUUAAGCAUUCAAAUACCCAGUCUUCACCAUACCACACACUAAAAAAGACAGAAAUGGGUAAGAAGCCUAGUGGUAUACCAUUACCGAAAAUGCACAAGGAGCAAACAGUAACUGCAAGUGCAAAUUAUAUCGACAUCGGAGGUCAAAGAAUAUACACUAGUCCACCUGACCAUGGAGUACAGGAAAUAACCGAAAUACCCGAUGACUACUUAAACCAGUCGUCCGUACUGAAGCACCUCGCAAAAGAAGUGGCCCAGUCUCCUCCACCUGCUUCACCGCGGCCUCGCGCACCCUCGAAGCUACGCGACGAGCGCAAGGGGAAGGGAUCUAAGGCCAAGCUGAGCAAGGAGAAACUGAAUCUGUCAAGAUCACAGCCGGAUUUGACAAGCGUGGGCGUGCGCGCGGCGCCGGGCGGCUCGGAGUCCAGCGGCUGGUGCAGCGGCGGCGAGGGCUCGCUGGCGGAGCCGGACGACGCCUUCGCGGCCGUGCUGGACGCGCUGGCCGGCGAGAACCACGCGCUCAAGCGGCAGCUGGCCGACGCCUGCGAGCGCGUCGCCAAGACCGACAAGCUGGAGGAGGAGGUGGAGAAGGUGCGGUCGGCGCACGAGGAGCUGGUGCAGUCGUGCGAGCGGCGCGAGCGGCUGGAGCGCGCCGCGCGCGUGCGCCUGCAGCAGGACUGUCGCCGCCUGCACGACCUCAACCGCGCGCUCAAGCAGCAGGUGGAGCUACUGUCGCAGGGCGUGCGCGCGGAGGGCGACAGCAACAGCGACGCGCUGCGCAAGGAACUGCAGAACAGGGAGAUGCUCAUCGCGCAACUCAUCUCACAGAACAAGGAGUUGGCAUGUGCGAAAGAGCGACAGGAGAUCGAGAUGGCGGCACAGCGAGCUACACUGCAGGAGCAGCGCACGCACAUCGAUAUCCUCGACACCGCGCUCACCAACGCCCAGGCCAACGUCGUACGUCUCGAGGACGAGUGCCGGCACGCGGGCGGCUACGUGGAGCGCGUGCUGGGCCUGCAGCGCGCGCUGGCGUCGCUGCAGCAGGCGGCCGACCGCCGCGAGCUCACCGAGCGCAAGCUGCGCGCGCAGCUGGAGACCGAGCUGCAGGCGCUGCGGUCGCGCGAGUGCGCGUGCGGCGGGGCGGGCGGCGCGGGCGGGGCGGGCGGGCGCGGCGGCGCGGAGGCGGAGCUGCGGCGUGCGCUGCGCGAGCGCGACGAGCGCCUGCUGGCGCUGGAGGGCGAGUGCGCCAAGUGGGAGCAGCGCUACCUGGAGGAGGCGGCGCUGCGCCAGGCCGCCGUCUCCGCCGCCUCCAUACCCAAGGAUGCAAAAAUAGCUGCGCUUGAAAAAACAUCGGCCGAAUCAGAGAGGUUAAUGGCGGAGGCUCGCAGUGAAAAGAUCCGUCACAUGGAUGAACUGCACUCAGCGCAGAAGAAAGUGGCUGAUCUCGAGAGCAGAGUCAAGGAGUUGGAAUCUAAAGUAGCAGAGCGUGAUGCGAUGAUAAAGGUGUUACAGAAACACACAAGUGCAGCUUCUCUGAGGAACAACUCUAGUCGUGAGGAACUGGUGGGGCUGUCGUCGGGGGCGUCGUUCUCAUCGGCGGAGGGCGUGUCGGGGGUGUCGGGCGUGGCGGGCGCGGUGGGCGCGGCGGCGGCGGGGCGCUACCGCCACCUCGCGCGCCGCAACUACUCGCCGCACGCCGACAACGCUAGCGGCUGCGGGUUCGACAGCUCGUCGCUGCGCCUGGAGGAGCAGCUGGCGGCGCUGGAGUCGCGCCUGGAGCGGCCGCCCGUGCCCGCCCGAGGUCUAUGCUGCUUCCCUGGUCUGUCAACGGUGGGCGGGCGGGGCGGCCGCGGCGAGGAGGCGCUGCUGCUGGAGCGGCAGGGCCGCGCCUCGCAGCAGACGCGCUCUUCCAGCCUGCCGCCCCCGCCCUCCGCGCUGCCGCGCCCUCCGCGCAAGCCCUCUACUAGAAACACGCGCUACGACAGACUCGAACACAGGGACGCGAGGAAGGACUCCGACGGAUCAGGUUCGAUAGCGUCAACGGCAUCCCGCAGCUCACCCUCGCCCUAUGACACGGUGCGCAAGUUGCCCUCCGUGCCCACGUCGGCGUCACUGCCCGCGGCUGAGUCACGUGAAUCCCUCGUCCGACCGCGAGACUCAAGCCUCCCAUCGCCCUCCAAGCUGGCUGUAUACGCUGCAGCUCGACGCCGCUCCGCCGAAUCUGCUAAAGAUACCAAUAAACGCACGCACCAUUACCGCAUACAAUUUUAAUAAAUUAAUUAUUUAAACGUACAAGACUAAGAGAAUAACAAAAAGUUGCGAGAUAUGAUGAUAGCUGCUCCUAGGUAACGUAGCAACCAUAGAUGGAGAUAAAUAUAUAAUGGCAAAUUUCGACAAGGUCAAAUAAAAAAUUAGGAAUUCCGCGAAAGAAUUGGGAAAAUAAUUCAAUGUCAGCAGAUAAACCCACAUACAAAUGGACAGACGAAACUAAAUAAGUAGCUGGAGGUUCUUAGUUUUUUGUAAAAUGGUUUAUUUGUAUUGUAAUUCAUUUAAGACUGGUUCCGGCGUGCGUACAAAGUACACAUGUCAGAAUUGAAAGUUCUUU